ACCGUCAGAUAAGCCCACCCGCACCUGUUAAUAAACCCUAACCCGCGGCCGCCGCCCCUAUAUAACUUGACGCCCAUGAUUUUUGAUCUCCUCUUCCCGUCGAGACCCAACCAGACCAGGGGCGGCGCUGGCUGACGAGGAGGCGGAGUAGAGCGGCCGGACUAACUCGAUACCGCCACAGCCACCAUGGGUAUCUCGCGUGACUCGAUGCACAAGCGCCGGGCCACCGGUGGAAAGCAGAAGGCAUGGCGCAAGAAGCGAAAGUAUGAGCUUGGCCGCCAGCCUGCAAACACCAAACUGUCUAGCAAUAAGACAGUGAGGAGGGUCCGUGUCCGUGGAGGCAAUGUGAAGUGGAGGGCUCUCCGCUUGGAUACAGGUAACUACUCAUGGGGAAGUGAGGCUCUUACCCGCAAGACCCGCAUCCUCGAUGUGGUCUAUAAUGCAUCAAACAAUGAGCUUGUGAGGACUCAGACUCUUGUGAAGAGUGCCAUUGUACAAGUUGAUGCUGCUCCAUUCAAGCAGUGGUACCUCACUCACUAUGGAGUGGACAUCGGUAGGAAGAAGGUGCCUGUUGCCAAGAAGGAUGCAGCUGAGGGACAAGAGGGUGAGGCUAUAGCUGAGGAAACAAAGAAGAGCAACCACGUACAAAGGAAGCUUGAGAAGCGCCAGCAGGGGCGUGCACUUGACACUCAUAUUGAAGAGCAAUUUGGCAGUGGAAGAUUGUUGGCUUGCAUUUCUUCCCGCCCUGGACAGUGUGGCCGAGCUGAUGGCUACAUCCUUGAGGGUAAAGAGCUAGAGUUCUACAUGAAGAAGCUCCAGAGGAAGAAAGGCAAGGGUGCUGCAUCUUAGAGCAUUCAUUUAGCUAGAACAGCAGAAUAUCUUGUUUUUUUCAUAUAAUUUGUGCACCUGAUGAACACUAUAAGUGAAUCAACUCGCUUUCGAAGAAUUAACGAUUUUCACCUGUGGUGGUUGUAAUUUCGAUAUUUAGGUUUGUUGUUUAUUGAAGCUUUCUGUCUAAAGCAGUUUUAGUUUAACUUGAAGAUGGUUUAGAAAUGGAAUUACGAGAUCCUAUCCAAUCCUUA